UAAAAUCACGCGUGCUUGAUAGAAAAUCAUAUUAAUAAAUCAAUUGAAUAUUAAUUAAUCUUCAAGUUAAUUAACUUGUGCUAGCGUAACAGUAAGUCACGGAAGUGUUUUGUCUGCAGUUUUCAUCAAAGGUACAAACGACGAAAAAAGUAAUAAUGAUGUAUCUUCUAAGCGAGUCGACCUAUAAGAUCACUAUUACCGAUGAUCACGACAUUUUGGACGAGGGACUCCUUUUUUCGAAGGAGUCGCUCGAAACUGGAAACUUUACGCAAGAAGAAAUUGCUGCGGCUACUAAAUUAUUCAAGGACUGUUAUAACAGGCAAUGGGAGGCAUUACAAGGACCGGACUCGGACGACGAUGAAGAUUAUCCUUGGCCUAUGCCUUCAUUUGCAACACCGGCGAUUGAUAUUGAUGAGGCCUCGGAGAACGAUUGGAUCGACGAAGAUGACUACAAAGUAUUAAUGGAGGUCUUGGACGAAAUAGUCCAUAUUAAUCCCCCUUUCUUGGAGGUGCCGAAGUAUGUCUUCAAUGUGAACAUAUCUAAAUAUGGAUCUUACGAUGAAAAGAAUAAUAAGUGGAUUGUGCAGUUGGAAUAUUGCGUGCAUCAUUAUCCAGACGAUUCCACUGAUUAAGCUGAGGCACUCAAACACGAAAAUCUAAGUCUUUUGUGUCUAUUAUUAAAUACUUGAAAAAAAAAAUGUUUUCACCUAUAAACGGUUGUAGUAGUAGAAAUCGAUGUCUAUGGGCAGAGAAGACCACUGAUGUGAGUUCUCUGCUCUCUUAUAGGAUGAAGUUGUGGAUUAUGAUUAUUUCAUUCUCAGAUUUAAACGAUGUAUAUUAAUAUAAUAUUCAAGGAUCUCGUAAUCUUUUAAAAUCAUAUGUAUAACAUGUGUACGAUUCAUCAUGCUCAUGCAAACUAAAUUUACUUGAAGUUAAUAAAUGUAUUUAAUAUAAUUUGCAUAACAACCUAAUCCUAUCUAACCCUAAGUACCUAGUCAUACUUAAGAUUAUAUA